AUAUAUAUAUAUAUAUAAAAUAGGAAAGGAUUACGCAGGAAGGAUUUUUUUCGUUCGAUCGAAAAAUUUUUAGUUAGGAGAGGAGGUGGAGAAGAGCUAGAGAAGGAGGUGACCCAUCCACGGGGGGAAUGGUGAUGCGGUAGUCGAGGGAUUCCUCGAGGAAAGACAUGAGGGCGGCCGCCGCCUACGUCCUGUUCCUUGCCCACCUCAUACAGGCGACAAACGCGAGCGGAUUCUUCGAGGUGCAAAUCCUCUCGCUGACGAACAACAGGGGCACCCUGGUGGACGGUAGGUGUUGCGGCGGGGGAGGCGAUGGCGGAGGAAAAGGAGAAUUACCACCGUGCACGACACCGUGCUCGACGGCCUUCUGGCUCUGCUUGAAGGAAUACCAGUCGAAUGUCACAGCCAUAGGCUCGUGUAGCUUUGGCAACGUAUCUAGUCACGCCCUCGGCCAAAACACCUUCACCCUCAGCGAACCGGUCACCCUACAACUGCACUUCACCUUCCGAUGGACGAGGCAAUUCACGCUUAUCCUGCAAGCGAGAGACGAGGCGAGCACAGGCGUGAUCGAGGAAGCAAGUUUCAGCGGCAUUGUCCUGCCAGGACCCACGUGGCACACUCUCAAUCAUGAAGGGAGAAACGCUCAUCUAGCUUAUCGCGUUCGGGUCCAGUGCGCGGAUCAUUAUUACAACGCGACCUGCACGAAGUUCUGCAGGCCAAGGAACGACAUAUUCGGCCAUUACACCUGCGACGAGAACGGCGACAAGGUGUGCAUACAGGGUUGGAAAGGCGCCGACUGUGAGAUAGCGGUGUGCAAGGAGGGUUGCCACCCCGUUCACGGUCACUGCAACGUCAGCGGCGAAUGCAAAUGUCGACACGGUUGGCGCGGUGAACUCUGCGACCAAUGCACCCCCUACCCUGGCUGCAAGCAUGGAUAUUGCAACGGUUCCAGUUGGCAGUGUAUCUGCGACACGAAUUGGGGCGGCAUCCUCUGCGACCAGGACCUCAAUUAUUGCGGCACUCACGAACCCUGUCAAAACGGUGGGACGUGCGAGAACACGGCGCCGGACCAGUACAAAUGCACCUGCCCCGAGGGAUUCUCGGGACCGACCUGCGAGAAGGUGGACAACCCCUGCGCCUCCAACCCUUGCGCCAACGGAGCGACCUGCAGGGAACUCGGUGAGAGCGCGCAUUGCGAGUGCGCCCCUGGAUUCUCAGGCCCUUACUGCGCGACGGAUAUAGACGAGUGCGCCUCCCAACCUUGCCAANNNNGCGGCACCUGCGUCGACGGGAAGAACGAAUUUGUGUGCAAUUGUCCACCGGCCUGGCAGGGAGUGCUUUGCCAAUUCGACGUGGAUGAGUGCGCCCUGAAGGAAUCCCCCUGCAAAAAUUCGUUGACCUGUGUGAAUCUUGCCGGUGAUUACAAAUGUCGCUGCAGAAGUGGCUUCACGGGGAAGAACUGCACGAAGAACAUCAACGAUUGCAUCGGCCAAUGCCAACACGGGGCAUUGUGCAUCGAUCUGGUCGACGAUUAUCACUGCAGCUGCACCGCCGGCUAUUCGGGCAAGGAUUGCGACGUGGACAUCGACGAGUGCGCCUCGAAACCGUGCCAGAACGGUGGCGAGUGCAGAGACCUGGUGAACGCGUACGAGUGCGUCUGCCCUGUCGGUUUCACCGGAUACCAAUGCGAGAUCGACAAGGAUCAUUGCAGCCCGAACCCAUGCAGAAAUUCGGCGCCUUGUUUCAACACGCAGACAGAUUACUACUGCCACUGUCCGGAACAAUGGCAAGGGAAGAAUUGUUCCGAGCCAGCCUCCCAUAAUCCGCAAUUCGGCAUGAUGGACGAGGAGUCCGGGUGCGGGAGUGAGGGAACACCAUGCGGCGGCAGAGGCAGAUGCAGCGGUGGCAGAUGCAUUUGUGACGCCGGGUAUACGGGGAUGCAUUGUCACGAGAACAUCAACGAUUGCAGGGGUAAUCCUUGUUUGAACGGUGGCACGUGUGUCGAUUUGGUUAACUCGUUCCAGUGUAUCUGUAGAGAGGGAUGGACUGGAGAUCUGUGCGAUCAAGACGUGGACGAGUGUACGAACUCACCCUGCCGCAACAACGGCACCUGCGUGGACGGUGUCGCAGACUUCACCUGCAUCUGCAGAGGUGGAUGGAAGGGCAAAACCUGUACUCUUCGCGCGGGACACUGCGAACCAGGUACCUGUCGCCACGGUGGAACUUGCCAAGAUCGCGGAGAUGGAUUCACUUGUCACUGUCCACCAGGUUGGGAGGGAGCAGCAUGCCACAUAGCAUCUCCAGCGUGCGCGAGCAAUCCUUGCGAGAACGGAGCUACCUGCGUGAACACCGCCGAUGGGAAUUACAGAUGCGUCUGUCGCGAAGGUUUCGAGGGUCCGAAUUGCCGUCGAGACGUGGACGAUUGCCAGCCAUUGCCUUGCUUGAACGGGGGUAAAUGCGUGGACGGGAUCAACUGGUUCAGAUGCGAGUGCGCGCCAGGCUUCACCGGUCCAGAUUGUCGUAUAAACGUGAACGAAUGCGCCAGCGACCCCUGCANCACUGGAUCCACGUGCGUGGACGGUAUAGCGAGUUAUACUUGCAUUUGCCCGCCAGGAAGGACCGGGGCACGCUGCGAGAUUCGUACAGCAGGUGGACCAGGAUGCCCGGUAGCUAGUUGGGACGACGAUUGCAACGUGUGCGAAUGUCGUAACGGGAAGAACCAAUGCAGCAAUAUCUGGUGCGGUCCUGGGAACUGUCUGAACGGUACAUCGUGUCUGGCUCACGAAGUGUGCGUGCCCAGCCCGAACGAAAGCUGUCUAGCUCCACCGUGUCCAGCAUGGGGCGAAUGUCGCCCCGUGGAGACUGGAAGAAGAGUAGGACCGCCCGCUCUGCCCGCGCCGCCUUCCUGUUGGCCUGGACAAGCCACGCCGGGCCCAACCUGUUCCAGGCUCACCAUCCUGUUAAGAAGAGACACUCUGGCCGCCAGUACAUCGGUAGAAAUCCUCUGUAGACGGUUGAGAAAACUGCUGUCCGAUCCGAGAAGGCCACAGUCGAUCGUUCUUCUGUGCGAUCUUAAACCUGGUGAUAACGAUACAGUGGAAGUGACCAUAUUCUCGGAAGCAGCCGCGGAUGCGGCCAGAGAUCUAGGCGAAGCCCUUAGCAGACCCCUGGGCAGACCACUCGCUCUGGCCUCCGUGCUCGAGGUCAAAGUGGAGACGGCCUUGCUCAGCGAACCGAGUUCCGUAAACUCGAGCAGCGCGGGGAGCUACGUGGCCGUCCUCGGUGGAGCUCUGGCGACCGUUUUGGUCUUGGCUUUGUUCGGUGGGCUGUGGUAUCUUCGAACGGUCAGGCAAAGAUCCAGUCUGACCGCGACGACCAGCAGCGAGACAUCGUUGCAUCGACACCGCAGCGAUUUGGACGAAAAGUCGAACAAUCUUCAAAACGAGGAGAAUCUUAGGAGAUACGCGAAUCCUUUGAAAGAGCAGGAUCAAGGAGAACCAAGAGUGUCCGUGGUGAGACCUCUGUCUGGAACUUCGUUGGGCGCGCUGGGUGCAACAGAAGAGAGUUUGGAAAUGGUCUCGGACGAGAGUAGACAUCGGUUGCCACCACUUUACAAAGCUCCCAGCGCAGAAGCCAGGAACAAUACCGCUAGUUUUACGUACGAGGAAGGGCCUCAUAAACCGUACAGCAAACCUAGAUUGCAGGAGCCGACGUAUUCUCAGCAAGGGAGCAGCGGUCAGACAUCGGGACCGCAUCAAGUACUGACGGUACACGUGUAACGCGACAGACUCGCGGAUGUUUCGUGAAAAAUUUCACU